AGUGCAGCUGCCACACCCGCCAUCGCAGUGCCUCUGUUUAUCUCAGGACGCGGCGGAGAGCAGACGCGCGCCCCGCACUCUUCCCCACGUGCUGAGGCCACGCGGCUCAGCAUUGUACUCUCUUCUUAACUCAAGGAACUCUGCGUUCAUCAGCAAUAAGUUGACAACCUCGACCACCAUCUCUACUACUACUAGCUACAACAAGCACAACCACAACCACAAGUACUAUUACCACUACCAUUAGUUCUACAGACGCUGCUACCACUAUCAUGUCCCCCAGCAUGGACUCGGCCGGCGCACAGUCUCCACAGGACUCAGCACCGGAUACGCAUUCCAAGUCUCUGCUUAUCAACUUUGACGGGACCAUCGCGGAGCCUCGCCAGCCCAGGAAAGCUGAUGGCACUGUGAAGGAGCGUGUGGCGGACAGCUGCUGGCAAGUCCGCUACACUUUCGCUGUGCUGGCUCUGUUCGGCAUUGCUCUCAUGUAUGCAAUGCGCGUGGUGUUAUCCAUCGCUAUUGUGGCUAUGGUCGGCACGAGAGCGCAUCACGGCCACGGGGAGGACGGAAACUUCACUGACGAGCCUGAGGAUCUAUCUAAUGUAUGCCCAGACAUCAGACACGGCACUAAUUCUACCGCUGGGAAGGCUGUUGUGGAGGGAGAGUUUGACUGGGACGAGACGAUCCAGGGCCUGAUUUUAGGCUCCUUCUUCUGGGGGUACGCUUUCACCAACAUCCCAGGAGGUCGGGCUGCGGAGUACUUCGGAGGCAAGCUUGUGUUCGGCGGCGGCAUUGUGCUCUCCGCUGGACUCACACUCAUUACUCCCAUCAGCGCCAGAACCUCCACUGAACUGCUUAUUGCUGUCAGAUUCUUCCUCGGCUUAGUUCAGGGCGUGGUGUUCCCUGCCAUCAACUCCAUGAUCGCCACCUGGGUCCCGCCGCUGGAGAGGAGCAGGUACAACACCAUCAUUUACUCAGGCUUCCCUCUCGGUACCGUGCUUUGCCUUCCCAUCGGCGGCUGGCUUUGUUCCUCCGACUUUCUGGAAGGUUGGCCCUCUGCCUUCUACCUCUUCGGGACCCUGAGCGUGGUGUGGGGCUUUUUCUGGUUCCUGCUCGUGCACAACCGUCCCGAGAUCCACCCAAGAAUCUCCACCAAGGAACUGAUGCACAUUCAAUCCUUCGAGAAAGAUAUCAAGAGUGCCGAGGUCAUUCCUCUCCCGAAGAAGGAAAUUGUACUCUCCUUGCCCUUCUGGUCCCUGGUGAUCGGAGCUCUGGGUUAUGACUUUGGCUUCUACACACUCCUUACCGAGCUCCCCACGUACCUCAAGAACAUCCAGCACUUUGACAUGAGCGAGAACGGCCUGAUGUCAUCCCUGCCCUUCCUGGUGAUGUGGCUGUGGGGCUACGUGUGGGGCUCUCUCAUGGAUCGCCUCACUGCUGGCAACAAGAUCUCCCUCAUUGCCAUCCGCAGGCUUUCCAUGUCGCUGGCUCUUUACGGCCCUAUGGUUGGUCUGAUGCUGAUGUGCUUCGUUAACUGCAACACAACGCUGGCUAUGAUGGUUCUGUGCGUCGCUGUUGGUCUCAGUGGAAGCGCAAACUGCGGCUUCCUGUGCUCCCACCAAGAACUCGCCCCCAACUUUGCCGGCACGCUGCUUGGGAUCACGAACACUGUGGGCUCCUUGGCGGGUGUCCUGGCUCCUGUCAUCACCGGCAGCAUCACUGAAGGGAAUCAAACCCUGAGUGCGUGGAGGACAGUGUUCCUCAUCACAGUCGGCGUUUACUUCCUCACCUGCACAGUGUACGUCGCCUUCAUCACCAACCAAGUGCAGCCCUGGAACGAACCCAAGACAAAAAAACAAGGCGAGCACCGUAACGGGGACCUGGACACUGCCGCGGCCUUGUUGGUGAAUGACCCCAAGGCCCUGCCAGUGUGCUGAACGCGCCACGAAAUUCAGGACUUCCUAAACACACCGCAGCCAGGGUACAUGACGCAGACACGAGACAAUAGCACGAACCAGGAAAUCAUGACACGAAUCUCUUACGUCUCAGAAUCAGCAAGAGUCUGCACUGUAAUGGCCUGCUUUAAGUGCUGAUGUCUUCUAUAUUAGAGGAUCGAGUGAGUUAUCUAAUCAUUGAAGCUUUGGUUCCAAAAGGGAAGGUUUACAAUCUCUUGCUUUCUGCUCAAGUACUGCAUCACAAGCUUGUUUCUUCACGCCACGAGAAGAAGACAGGAAGUAACAGGAGAGGACCACAUUCUCAAACGUCUCACCGUUUUAUCUCAAUUUGCACGCUUAAAUGAACGUUAAUAAGGUUCUUAGGAGUGUUAUUGCGAUUCUGAUGAUAGUUUAACAAGAUGGAAACACCCAUAAAUCAUAUCAGUGGCCUCUGAAAAUAGUUAAUAGAGCCAGUAAUGUUUCAAAGUACGGGCUCAGGAUUUAAAGAGAUUCAACUCAAAAGAAGACUGCGAAGUUCUCCAGUAUGUGUGUCCGUGUCUGUGUCUCUCAGGACGUGCGAGUAAAACGGCCAAGUGUGAAACGGAGUGGAUGUUUAUAGCGUAACAGGUAGAGAGAGGGGAAAAAAGUAGUACCGAACCAAGGAAAGGGAGAAAAGUGUGCAAAGAAGAGUGAAGUACGUACGAGAUUUGUAAAUAGAAAGAGUGAAAGAAAAAAACUAUAUGAAACUAAAAAGAGACUAUGAAGUACGUGUGUAUGCUCCUCUCUCUCUCUCUCUCUCUCUCUCUCUCUCUCUCUCUCUCUCUCUCUCUCUCUCUCUCUCUCUCAACUAUUUUCUAUACAUGCAUGAUGAAAAAAAUAUAAAAAGAGGGAAUAAAUGUGAAUCUCCUUUGCUCUCAGUUGAUAUAUAAUUACGAUUGUCAAAGAAAACGAAAUAGAAAAUUAAACAAGUGAGCAUCAAGAACAGUAAAUAAUCAUGACUAACUUUGGUUCUGGAUGCGUUACCUGUCGAUUCUAUUUCGUUUUCUGUUUGUUUUCUGGGCUUAUGCUAUUAUUAUUUUUUUAAGAGGCAAGGUCAUAUCUCAUACAUCAGAUUCUUUGUUUUUAAUAGUCGCGUAUAUAUUACUAUACAUCUCAUCAUAUUCAGUACGCAUCAUUACCACCAUUACGUAUUACCACCAUCAUCUCAUUUAUUUCAUUCAUUCAUCAUCAAAUCGUCACGGAACGGGAAAGAAUGUUCUGUGUUUUUUUAUAGUCCUCGUGCUUAUAGGAGUACUUUAGUAUCCGAAAACUUCCGAAUCAGCUUCUGUCGGGUGAGUGCGUGGCUGGCCCGUGCACUCCACCAGCAGGCAUCUCUUGGCAGCCUCGUCAAUGUCCCAAUACAGCGCCACUAUACUCGACACCUCACAAGUAUAGCGUAGCCUGUCGAGUGGCUGGCUGAACUACGAGUAUCCAUUGAUAUUCACAUCCCACUCAAAUUACAAGGGUUUUCACUGGGCGGUAGGGUACUGACUGUCCUUCCUGAGCAUGAGAAUGUGUGAUAUCUGAAAGAGCUUUACCAUUAGAACGGACUGUAUUGAGGCUUCCACCGGGUUUCGUAUUCUCAGACGUUUCAACGAUACAUCUCGACCACUUUUAACAAACUUUUAGUUGAAAUUAUGAGGAUUUUCAAGAGUGUUUCCGUGAUUCUGUUGACGGUUUAACGAGAAAUUUUGUACCAUCUAAAGAUGAAACGCCGGUGAGAACUUGAUUAAUUGAUUCUGUUGCAUUUGAAAAUAGUCCGAAUGACAGAAUACCGUUUCAAAAUACGGGCCCUUGGUGGGGAAGUAAAUACCAUGAUCCUGAAAAACAUGCUUAUAUAUACAACAAUCGCUUCCAGUAUUUGCGUAGCCUCUGCUGACGUUACUUUCCUCGCCAUCUGUUCGUGUGCGCUCUGUUGUUACAUUCACAGUGAUUUGUCGCAUGUGUUAAUAAUACUACCUUUGAUGACAAUAGCGAUAACAAUGAUGAUACCUGUGUACAUACAUGAUAUACUCCAAUAUUUUUAUAAGAGGAAUUUACUCUGAGAUUUAUUUUUGCGUGAUUUUACGGUUUGUUUGUAUUUUCUAUCAGAGAAUGUAGAUAAUUUUUAUUUGUACUUUCUAGUGUGUUGAAUUAUGUGUCACUGUGAUGUUCUGCAUUAUAUGAAGGUGUGUGUGUGUGUGUGUGUGUGUGUGUGUGUGUGUGUGUGUGUGUGUGUGUGUGUGUGUGUGUGU